GCAGUCCCACGUGGGUCUGGAGACAUAGCUGAGUUUGUUUUCAGUUCACUAUAGGAAGGCACAGAGAGCAGUCAUGGAUAGCAAGAUUGUAAUCUCUCUCCUGAUUCUCGCUUUUAUGGGCUUCUUUCCUGAGAUGAUGCUGGCAGCAGAGCUGCGGUGUCACUGCAUCCAGACUGCCAAAGGAUUAAUGUUGCCAAAGCACCUGGCCAACGUAGAAAUCAUUCCUAAGGGCCCACACUGCCACACAGUGGAAAUCAUAGCAACACUGAAGAGCAGCCAGCAGAUCUGUUUAGAUCCCCAGGCCAAAUGGGUGAAGAUGAUAAUUAACAAGAUUCUACACAGCUCUCCCAACAAACGGCAUCAGUAAAGAAAACAGAGGCAUCUCUGCGAACAAGCCAAAGCUGCAUCGAAAUACUAUUAGCCUUUAAGUGUCUCCAAGGUCAGGGUAUUCAUAGUUCUACUCUUACUUUUUCUAUUCUCACUCCUCUCCAUGCACAGAUCAUUAGUUUGUGAAAGGAAAAUGUUGAACUCAAUAGCCUGUCACAACACUAGAAAACUCUGGCAUUUUAUGGCAAAAUUUUACACUGUGCUUUGACUGCAGAGGCAUUUAGAGCAAUAUCCUAUGCAAACGCAAGCCUUAGCCCGGUCAGUGGGAAACACCUGCACAGGUUUAGCAACACCAGGGAUUUGGUCUUCACUGAACUGUGGCUAUACCAAAUCAUCUGCGAGUUUCAUUCUACAGGGUUAUGAAGUAGAGCUCUGUCUAGUUUAAGAGGGCAUAGUUUUCAAAGAAAAGAAAUAUUAACCAAAGGAGAUUCUUAUUGAAAGUAAAAAAAAGGGGGGGGGGAGGGGUGAGAAGGAAAGGAGUUCUCCAACUUGCUUAGAGACAUCAUGUUCAAUGAAGUGAAACAAAUGCAGGAUUUCACUGUUUAAAAACUGGGAUUUUUUGGUCUUAUGUAUAUUAAAUAGAUCACUAACUUUAAAGCAGUAGAGUUGUAGUAAUUCUGGUUUUGUCACCAAACAUGUCUGUUAUUAUACUAUAGACUCUAUAGUAUUAUAUAUAAUACUCUCUCUAUAAUAUAUACUCUCUCUCUAAUACAUAUGCUAUAUUGUAUAUAAUACUCUAUAUAAUACUGUAGACUCUUUUAUAUAGAAGUUUUUUAGUAGCCAUCAAUUCAACUUUUCAGAAAUAAAAUGGAAAGAAAAUGUGUAGGAAAUCUCUCUAACAUUUCAAGCAGGAUGAAACGUGUUCAGGGUUUUGCCACCUGCAUACUAUUGUGAGGGUUCAUUCAUAGUGUACCAGGGGCUGAAAAGCAAACAAAAAUGUACAAUAAAUACAAUUCUCUAUGACUCUAUGCAAUAU